CUUAUUUAUGCACAGACUGAGAAAAGGCCAUUAUUAAAAGCUAAAUGGGAACCAAUGUUUUUUCGUCAUUCAGUUGCGUCGGACGUUAUUCAGUGAAACACUCACUGAAGGCGGCUUGCUUGCGAUACUGGACUGUAUGUUUUAGAAAAUGGCUGUUACACUGAACACCGACCUUGGUGAUAUCAAAAUAGAGUUGUUUUGUGAGAAGGCCCCGAAAAGCUGUGAAAAUUUUAUUGCACUGUGCGCUGGUGGGUUUUACAAUGGAUGUAUUUUUCAUCGAAACAUAAAGGGCUUUAUGGUCCAGACUGGAGACCCAACAGGUACAGGCAAAGGAGGGACCAGUAUUUGGGGAAGAAAGUUUGAAGAUGAAUUCAGUGAACAUCUGAAACACAACGUCCGCGGUGUGGUGGCCAUGGCCAAUAAUGGACCAAACACAAAUGCAUCACAGUUCUUCUUCACAUAUGCAAAACAGCCUCACCUGGACAUGAAAUACACAGUGUUUGGAAAAAUUAUAGAUGGACUAGAAACUCUGGAUGAACUGGAGAAACUCCCUGUGAAUGAAAAGACUUUUCGUCCUCUUAAUGAUGUCCGUAUUAAGGAUAUUACUAUCCAUGCCAACCCAUUUGCUGGUUAAUUGAUUUCAUUGUGAAACAUUCAUAAUGCCUUGUUUUGUAAAUAUAAAUAUUUUGUGCUUUUUGUUUUCUUCCACACUGACUUGCCUCUGUUUUCCCCAUAAUCUUUUACAUUGGGUUUUAAAUGUAUGGUAUUUUAAUAAAAAUAAAUAA